AUGAUGAAAAUUGCACUGAGUUUGUUAUUAUUUUGUCUUUGUAACCAUUUGGGGCGAUGUUUACAACCUUAUUUUCCGUCUCAAAUUGUAUUUUCACCUGAUGAUGGUAAAACAACAAUUGCAAUUGAUGAAAUAAAUCAACGAGCUUAUUUAACAUAUCCUGUGAAUUCUCUGAUGAAAGUUAGUGCUUACAUUAUGCAAAACUUUCCAUAUGCAGUGCCCGAUUCGCCACAAUCAAAACAUUAUGUUUUCUUAGCCACAACUUCCCUAAUAAAUUUGUGUUCAUAUGAAACAUAUUGGAAAUAUGGUGCAUAUAGACUCAAUCAAUUUCCAUUACAUUGGGGUAAUGAUAGUUCAUAUAAAAUACGAAAUUAUGUGAGUUUUAAUUCUGAAAUGAUCCAUUCAAACAAUUCUUCUGAAGAUGAAGAUUAUUGGUAUUCAAAUGCAACAUGUUCCACAGAUAGUGGAGAUAAAUAUCCAUGUCAAGAAAUAUAUUUUAAGAAAAAUACGGAUCUUCCACUUCGAUUGGUUGAAGUUCAACGUUCACCAUUCUCAGCUAAGCGUGUAAUAACAAAUUUUACAAUUAUAUCAAUAGGAAAACCAGAUGACAAAUAUUUUGAUUCAAUACCAAAAGAUUGGUAUGUCGGUUGUCGAGAUUUUGAUCUCGGAGUUUUAUAUGAUCCAACAUUAAUAAGACUAAGCGUACAACAAAGUGCAAAAGUCCAAGUUUGGCUUUCUGCUCCUCCACAUGAAAUUAAUGGAAAUGAUACUGUUACUAUUCAAUGGAAAACAUAUGAAUGCACUGAUUGUUUUACAUGGACGCUAAAACAAAUUUCUUUUAAUAGCAAAAAUUUUCAAAAAAGACAAACAUUAACAAUAACGCGUCUUAGAAUUUCAGAACAAUCAAUUUUUAUUCCCAUUUUGAAGGGUGGAGCGUUUGAUAUGAUUGAAGCUGCGACUUAUUCCUUAUCUAUUCGAUAA